AUGAACGCUCUGGUAGUGGGAGCCACGGGCCUAUGCGGGGCAGCUAUUUUGAAGCACGCGGCCGAGGCCACCUCAUUCAACAAGGUUUACGCCCUUGUGCGCCGCCAGAUCCCCAACAGUGCGGCGCGCGUUGAGACCAUCGUCAACGAGCAGAGCGACAGCUGGCCGGAGAGCGUCCCUGCCGGCGUCGAUGUGUUCUUCAGCGGGCUGGGCACCACCAGGGCCAAUGCCGGUGGGCUGGAGAACCAGUACAAGGUGGAUCACGAUCUAAACAUCGCAGUUGCAAAGGCUGCAAAAGAGCGCGGAUGCCGUGUGUGUGUGAUAGUAAGCGCUAUUGGAGCCAGCGUCAACGCGCGGCUCCCCUACAACAAGUUGAAGGGCGAUAUUGAGCGUGACCUGCUUGCCCUUGAAUUCGAAAGAACGGUCAUUCUACGGCCAGGAGUUCUGCUUGGCGAAAGAGAAACCCAUCACAAGGGGUUUGGUAACUCUGUGGCCGUAUUUCUCGGGAAGCUCGUGUACCGCGGGCGUUUCCAGGCACUACUGGGCUAUCCGGUAUACGGCGAUGAGGUGGGCCAGGUAGCUGUCGCUUUGGCGUUAAGCGACGACAAGAGCAAGGUGCGCAUCGUCGAAUCCGCCGAGAUCCUCUCUUUAGUGAAGCAAGAGAAUACCCAGUAA